AUGAGCUCAAAAUCGGUUUUAACAUCUCUUCGUAGGUAUGAUGCUUUUCCAAAGACCUUGGAAGAUUUUAGGAUAAGGACAUUCGGUGGAGCAACCAUUACCAUCGUAAGUGCUGUAAUUAUGCUCUUGCUAUUUGUCUCUGAGAUGAAUUAUUACUUAUCGGUUGAGGUAACUUCGGAACUCUUUGUAGAUACUUCUAGAGGCGAAAAAAUAAAGAUAUAUAUGAAUGUAACCUUUCCGAAAAUGGCAUGUGCAAUACUUAGUGUAGAUACAAUGGAUGUUGCUGGUAUGCAACAACUAGAUAUCAAGCAAAAUUUAAUGAAACGGCGCAUAGAUGAGAAUGGUAAACCUACAGGAGAUGCUGUUCAAAAGAAUAAAACUAAAUGUGGAUCCUGCUAUGGAGCUGAAAAUGCUGAGAUGAAAUGUUGCAAUUCAUGUGAAGAUGUCAGGGAAGCUUACCGAAAAAAAGGUUGGGCCUUAACCAGCCCUGAAGGUAUAGAGCAGUGUCAAGAAGAAGGAUGGGCUCAAAUGUUAAAAGAGCAAGAAAAGGAAGGUUGCAAUGUAUUCGGUUAUUUAGAAGUUAAUAAGGUAGUUGCUGGUAACUUUCACUUCGCUCCUGGGAAGAGUUUCCAACAGCAUCGUGUUCAUGUACAUGAUUUGCAGUCAUUUGGAUCACGCAAGUUUAAUACGUCUCAUACCAUUCACAAAUUGUCAUUUGGAGAGGAAUUUCCUGGAAUUAUAAAUCCAUUAGAUGGCCAUCGAAUGUCUUCUGAUCAAGAUUCAGCUAUGUACCAAUACUUUAUUAAAGUCGUUCCGACCGUUUAUAAAAAGUUAAAAGGCGAGGAAGUCAAAAGCAACCAGUACUCAGUAACCAAGCAUUUGAAGUAUAUUAAACUUAGUAUGGGUGAGCAAGGUCUUCCAGGCGUCUUUAUUUCGUAUGAACUUUCUCCCAUGAUAAUCCGGUAUGCCGAAAGAAGAAAGUCUUUCGCUCAUUUUUUAACUGGUGUCUGCGCAAUUAUCGGUGGUGUAUUCACAGUUGCCAGCUUGAUUGAUGCUAUGGUAUAUCAUUCUGCGAAGAUGUUAAAGAUUGAGUUAGGAAAAGCAUCAUAG